UCCUUUACGAUGUUUUAAUUUUUCUUGAUGUAAUAUUUCUAUUAUUGUGUUUGUUAAAAAUUAUGAAAAGAAUUCAAUUCUCUCCUUUUCUUUCACAGAAACUUAAGCCAAUUUUCCUGGAUAUGGCCAAAUUACGUUAAGUCUUAAUAUACACCCAGAUUUGUACGGAAAAUAAUCGUAAAGCGAACUGACAAUGGCAGUUGUACGUCAGCGGUGCGGCGUUGCGGCGGUGGGCAUCUGGAAGGAAUAAUUUGAUACAAGAGGCCGAUUAUCCCGCGCUAACUGAAGGCCAAUUUGCUGGUGGGCCGAGCAGCGAGCUGAGCUGAGCGUGGCGAGCAGGGCGGGCGCGGGCGGGGAGCGCGGGCCAGCAGUCGCGUCGUGUCUGCCGAAGCGAACUGCGGCGGCAUGUGGCGCAGCAUGUGGCGCGCCGGCUGCCUCCUCCUGUGCCUAGUGCCAGUUACACGGCAGAUAUCGAUCACCGAGUUCUCAGUGCCUCACGCGGUGCAGGCGGGAGUUAUUAGAGAAUGAUGGCAUUCGACUACUGAACAUGACCCCCGCGGACUCCGGGACCUACGAAUGCGAGGUGUCCAACAUAGACGAGGCGCGAGCACAUCAAGACGUCAUUGUCUACUCGAUGGGCAGCGGACCGCAGCUGAACUUCUCAGCGGCGGAGGAGGGGCCCGACGAGGACGAGGAUGGGGACGUGGUGGUGACGUGCGCGGCGAGCGACGUCGCGCCUUACCCAGACAUCACCAUCACUGUGGACGGGAAUUUACUUUCGAAUACAUCAGAGAAUGUAGAAGGACCUUUCGAUGGAUUGUAUGACAUAGUGGCCAAUGCGACUGUCACCAAAAGUACAGUCGACGGCGCAGAAGUUCGCUGCGAACUGUUCUUUAAAAAUGAUAAUAUAUCGCAUCCCGCCUUCGUCGAUAUUGAAACCUUCAACUCGUCAGAUGGCGGUGAGAAACUUGGGACUUGUCACUUUCUCCUCUUUGGGGUUUUGUUACCGGCUCUCUCCGGCGCAAUUAUGCUUUAAUUCUUUCAAUGUGAUACUAAUAAAUAUUUACAUUAUUUCUUAAAACUUCUAUACGUUUGUUGUAAUAAAAUUUAUAAAAAAUA